AUGCUAUGGAAGAUCGAGCCUUAUACUGGUUUUUCCAAUGGGCGACGCCCACGAGCUUUGGGGGUUCUAGGCCGGGAAGGAGACAGGUUCGUGGUGGUGCAGCAUCUUGUGCUUCGACGUGGCGCUGAUGAGCCUGAGGACGUGGGACAUCCUGAUGCGAGCAUCCAAGAAAAGGAAGAUCAGUGCCAAAGCGAGGUGGAUGUCAUAACUUGGACUCUCACAGGCACUUUGGUCUUCACGAUGGCAGUCAUCGUCGUCCUUCUCAUUCUCUAUCAUGCGUCCAGUCGAGAGACCCAGCGCAUCCAAAACCUCAGGCGGGAAGCAACGAGACGCCAGAAGCCAGUCCCAUCCUACCUGGAGCCUCUGCCUGCCCCCUUUGCAGCGGGCCCGAGGCAGCCUCACGCCCACGCCGCCCUCUCUUUGGCCCGCGCCCCGUCGUCCAGCCCUGAGCACCUGUAUGAGAACCCUGAGGAGGUGGCCGGGCAGAUACAGCCUCGCUCUUCUCCAACACUGAGAGAUCAAAGCCUCGCUCUUCUCCAACACUGACAGACCUAGCCUCGCGCUUCUUCAACGCUGAGAGAUCAAAGCCUCGCUCUUCUCCAACACUGACAGACCUAGCCUCGCGCUUCUUCAACGCUGAGAGA